AUGCCAGCUGCGCCAGGCUUGUGCCCACACAUAUGGCGAACGAAGUCUCCCACUGCUCUGGAGCAGUUCGCCGCAACGUUGUCGCAGAGCGUUCGGCCUUUGCACGAUGCCUGCGAACCAGCGUUCCCUAUGUACACUUUGCCGCUUGAGGUCUUCAUGAUGCUGUCCUGCGUGAAGACACACGAGGAGCUUCGGAGCGACCUUUGUGAGUUUGACAAGACCCUGGGGAAUGCGGCAUUUGUGUCUCACCAGUGGCUUUCUGAUCGGCAUCCUGAUCCAACUGGGCAGCAGCUGAAGGUCUUACAGACUGCGCUCGCCAACAUGCUGUCUGGUCAGAGUCGGAUUACCGUCCUACCGGUGGUCGAGAUUUUGACCGGAAGUGUGGCGGCCCCGACAGCUUCUGAACUUGGCGCGAGGCCUCUGUUCAUUUGGUACGACUACUUCUCCUGUCCACAGGGCCACAUGCAACACCGAUCGUCUGCAAUCAACAGCAUCCACGCCUACGUGGCUCGCAGUGAGUUCUUCAUCGUCUUGUGCCCGGCGCUGGAGCACCAGCAGCAGAGGGUGAUUCUGAGCCAGACGACCUGGGCUGCAAGGGGCUGGUGCAGAGCAGAGCGCAUGGCGCACGAGCUGAGCUGCGCGGACGGCCGCGCGAUCGUGGUGGAGAGCGCCACGCACCAGAUCUUGCUUCCGAAGUUUUCAUCCUUCUUGUAUUCGGUGGGAGAGGGGCACUUUACGCUGGAGGAGGACCGCGCUGCCGUCAGCAGCAUCGUCGUGCAGAUGGUCUGGGCCAAGCUGCUGUAUCUCCUGUCACAGGGGGACCUGCACAGCUACCGUUUCCUUCUGAGCCAGCAGUCGGUGCGAAUGGCUCAGCUUGCCGCCGACUUGGCGAUUCCUGGCUUCGUGACGGACUCUGAUCCAACACAGGACCCUGGGGCAUUUUUGCUGGCUCGGUUCCUUCAUCAGAAUGGCUUCCGGGGCAGCUUCGACCGGGAUGAGGCUGGCUGGUCGCCACUGUGCUUUGCCGCCAUGGAUGGCGGUCCAUUGCUUGUCGGGGAGCUCUUGCAGCAACGAGCGGACCCGAAUGAUCGGACCACAAAGAGCAAGCAUGAGGCCCUCUUCCCGAAGCACAUGCCGGUGCUCUCCAUCGCCACGUGCUACAAGAGAAACGAAGCGCUUUCCUUGCUCCUGGCCGGCCGGGCAGAUCCGAACGGCCGGAACGCCCUGGGGGCUACUGGUCCUGCGUCUCAGACAAUGCGGAGGGGCUCCGCCUCCUUUGCCAGGGUGGUGCAGACAUCACCCUGGAGGGGCCGUGGCAGCGCUGCAGGAGUUACUUCUUCAGGCACCCAACCUCAGCUUGAGGUAUUGCCUGCACUUCGCCUUCCUUGUGCGAGGAUCGCCUGA